AGAGGACUCCGUUUCCCAGCAGCACUGCGGAGCGUCAGCCUGAUCGUAGCUGUGCUUACAUCUCAAUCCAUUGUACUGUGUUGCUGGUGUUUUUCACAUUCCGCUGGACGUUGAAGUGUAAAGUGUAGAAGAUGGGUGAUGAGCAGGAGAUCAUGUGCAAGCUGGAGAGCAUCAAGGAAAUCAGGAACAAGACUCUUCAGAUGGAGAAGAUCAAGGCCAGACUGAAAUCUGAGUUUGAGUCCUUGGAGUCUGAAGAGAGACAUUUAAAAGAGUACAAACAAGAAAUGGACCUUUUACUUCAGGAGAAGAUGGCUCAUGUGGAGGAGCUGAGGCUUAUUCAUGCCGACAUUAAUGUGAUGGAAAACACAAUCAAACAGUCAGAAAAUGACCUGAACAAACUAUUGGAGUCUACGCGUCGCCUACAUGAGGAGUACAAACCACUGAAGGAGCAUGUAGAUGCAAUAAGAAUGACUCUAGGUCUACAGAGACUGCCAGACCUGUGUGAGGAGGAGGAAAAGCUGUCCUUGGACUAUUUUGAAAAACAGAAAGCUGAAUGGCAAACAGAGCCUCAGGAACCACCUAUACCAGAGUCCCUCGCAGCAGCCGCUGCAGCAGCACAACAGCUACAAGUAUCCAGAAAGCAGGACACCCGACAGACAGCCACCUUCCGGCAACAACCACCUCCUAUGAAGGCCUGCUUAUCUUGCCACCAGCAGAUACACCGCAAUGCACCCAUCUGCCCACUCUGCAAAGCAAAAAGCCGAUCUCGGAAUCCAAAGAAGCCAAAACGAAAACAAGAUGAAUAGAAUGAUCUGAUCCCCGCCUCAAGCCCAAAUACUCCUAUACCCUGACUUCUCCCUAGUACUAAUGUAACCGUGAUUGCCCCAGUUCCUGUGCAAUCUUGAACUGAACGUGUGGUGUUUUUCUAUUUCAUGUGGUGUAAGCACAAUGGGGCUUGUUUCAUUAUGAUUGCACAGUCGCAGUGUAAAACCAAGCUGCUAAUUAAAGCCAAAUUAACAUGGCUGCUGUUUUGCUGUAACUCUGCUACAAUCAUACAUUCCCAGUGUUUGUUGUAUCCUUUUGUUAAAAAGAAACAA